UAGCUACAUUCUCACUUAAAGUGUUGAGUGUUUAUUUUUUGGAACUGAUUAAUGUCAUAUCCUUUUUCUUUAUCACUGUAAGAUGCUGAAAGCCAGCCUGACUUACAAGCCUGUCUUUUGCAUUCUAAGUAUGCCAGUGUUGUCAGGCCAAAAUAUGUUGUUAUAGUCACAAAGGGAAAAUAACUUCUAAACACAGCUUUGUUCCUGUUCUCCUUAUAUCUUGGCAGUCUAAACAGUGAGGUUGGACAUUUUCAGUGUUACAUGUAAGAUCUAAUCAAGGCAAACUCUUCUAAAGGAGUAAGGCAACACAAAUACUUCCCCCCCCCCUUAAUUAUGGUUAGGAAACUUUUUAAGUAGAAGAAACCUCGGUGGAGGGAGUGUUUAAAAGAAAGGUUGUGGAUGUGACUUGGCAUCUACUGAAGUUCAACCCAUGUUGGGUGAUAAGUGUUGUCUGGAGGCAGAAUGACAUCCAUGUUGCAAAGUAAAAGAGAGAGAUGAAGAUUGUGUCUAUCCUUUGUACUUCUUGGCCUUAUCUUCCCGCUUAUCUUGGGCUGUAGCUCUAGUAAUCUUUUUCCUCUCCACCCUAAAUUUGAUGCAGUGAAACUUGCUGAACCUGCCAAAGGAGCAACCUGCUGGCUGUAAUGUGGGCAGGUUGCAACUCUGCUUGAGAACUCUGGAACCUGCUGCUUUGCUUUCGGAAUUUUCCUUUUUUUCCCUAAAUGAUCACAUGCAUAGAGCUAUCACAGCGGCUGUGAUGUUUGACCUACCCAGUAAAAGUCAAAGGUGCAGUCAGGGUGUCUUCCUGUUUAUAGCUCAAUAGCUUAGGCUGCUUCCUUUCAAAUAUGUGAAACUAAAACAUGAAGGGAUCACCACAUUCCUUGCUGUGGUAUGGAUUCUGCUGUGACUUUUAGGACAUGGCAAAAGCACACAUGUUGCAUGAAUGAGAACUGCAAGCAAUUGGGGCAGCCAGUGACUGACACCAGACACAGCAAAGCCCCCAUCACUGGGGUGCUGUACCCAUGUUAGCAAGCCCUGCCUUACUGGCAUACCUGACACUGCAAGCACAGCUGAGCUGCUUUUGGGACUUGCAGGAGCCAGUGUGUUUGCAUGCAUUAAGUCAUGCCAGGCAGAGGUGCCAGGUUGGGCUGGCACUAACCUGGAGCUCCCAAGGGUUUUUCCUGUUGCUGUGCUGUGAAUGUGCCAUCACACCCCUCUCAAGCAGGAGCCAUCUCCAUCAAAACAAGCACAGUUCAACAGGUGGAAAAACAGCAGGAGGAAAGAACUUAGCCCUGAGGAAGCUGUUUUGCAUAGGUAGCUGCUAAACAGUUGUGCAUGCUUGUUAAUGGUUGGAAAGAGGCUUCAAAAGAAAAUGGGAAGAAAAUGUCCCACUCCCACCGUGUAGCAGUUUGUUAGUUGCUUGUUUUCUGGAUGAAUGUGAUUUAGUUUGACUGGUUUUGCUCCCUAGCUAUCUGGAAAGUAACUGGCCAAGUAGAGUUAGCUGUGCUUCAGCUGAGCUGCCAGAGGCUUAAGCAGUCAGGCUAUGUAUGAGUGCCUGGGGUGCAGGGACAGACAGGCACAGCAAAAGCCUCUGUCCUUACUUUCAAGAGAUCACUGAAACUGGAAAAUAGUUCUUGCCAAAAAUAAAUAAUAAAAGCUUAGACAAAGAAUCCACCUUCCAGGUUUUGCUUUGCCUGUGCAGUUGAAUAUUUUGAUUUUUUGUUCCAAGAUGCUUUCUGAAUUUUAUCUUCUAUCAUUGUGGACCUUGAACAAAUAACUGGUUUCUUCUCCCUUAUUCUUGUGUGAAUACAGACAACUGCAGCUCAUGCUGUUGUUUUAUCACCCAUGAAAGAAGCUCUAGCUAAAACAAGAAAUUAGAUCAGUGUCACAGGGGAAAAAAACCCCAAGAUUAAAGAAAACGAGGCAGCAGAGUAUCUAUAGGUGCCUUCCUGCAGAUUUUGUGAGGCAAGGUAGCUCUGGAUUCAUGUGGCUAAAUCAUUGCUUUUGUGCCUGUGAUGCCAGAGCUACCAGAGGGCCAAGGGAGGGGAGUGCACAGCACUCUGUAUGCUGUGUCAGCACUCCGGGUUUUCUCUGGCUUCUGUCAAACCUGGAGAGAGCCAAAUGCUCAGACAUUCAGCAUUUCUUCUCCUCCCAUGUGGGUGAUUGGCAGGGAAAAAGGUCAGAGAAUUUCAGCAGCAUUUCCAUGAAGUAUCCAAUCUGCUGGGUGCAUCUGCACGUAGAUGUGACUGACAGCUGUCACCAGUGUCUGUCCACCAUCAGAGUUACCAGUGAGUUACUGGAGAUGUGGGAAAACAACAGGCUUUUUCCUGGUGUACCUGAUCCUCCAAGCAGCCUCAGCCUUGAUGGAUGCUGAAACCAGACAGUAGCUAAACAGCCAUUUUAAUCUUGCAUCUGUCCUGAUACCUGUGGUGCUUUUGGCGUGAGGCUGUUCCUGCACAACACCCUGCAGUUUGAGACAGGCUAUAGUUUGAGACAGUGAUUUAGAUGCCUUCAUUUCUUUUAAAGCUUCUGAAAUUGUGAAAGGAAACGUUAAAAAAAGCAUUGUGUGAUGAGACAGUCUUCCCAGCAGCUCUAGUGGAGUCUGCUGUGGGUCAGUUUGGUCCAGUGUGUUGUCUCGAAGCAUCAUACCCUUGGCAUCCAAAACUAAAACAGAUUUUAUGUCAUAACACCAAAGCAGUUAUGAGGACGUGCAAGACUUGUCUGCAUUACAACAUUCUCUCAUGUUAGAGCAUGAUAGUGUGCUGUCAUGUUAAAUGACACUGUCCUGAGCCGAGUUGAGACUGUGACUUCUGAAAGAUUUGUCCAAGUGUCAUUAAUAUUGACUCCAUUGUGUUUCUUUGAAGUCAGUCAUAUGGACAAAUGGCAACUCCCUAGGAGCAUACAUUUGAUUUAUUUUUCAAUGGCAAUAUAUAUCUGAAGUGAGGCUAAGGGCCCCACCUUGAAAAAAAAAAUAAAUUAAAUGUGAGCUUUGAGUUGUCAGAAGAAGAAGCAUAGCAGCAAUACCUUCCAUCUAACUAAAGGGAGCUAGACAACCGUGUCUUCCUCAGGUUGCAGAUACAGAAAACCAAGAGGCAAGUGGGUCAGGUAAACAGACGUUAGCAAGAUUGCUUCCUGAGUAAUUCUGUCCCUUUCCCUUUUCCUGUGUCUUUGUGACAAGAAAUAGUUGUUUUCCUGGGAAAGCUGGUUUGUUAACAUGCCUUGGCAGUACAGAGUUUUGCAAGCCAUCCCUAGUGCACUGUAAGAGUGAGAACAAAGAAUCCUGACUUCAAAGCUGCGCUUGAAAUUUGAUAUUGGGGUCCACCAUUGUAUUAAGGAUGAGAAGAAAACGAAUAUAUUUAACAAAUGUUGUUCUGGUGUUGGCAUAUACCGUCUCAACUUCUAUACAGAGAACCAGUUGAAGAUGAGUUGCUUUUUUGCAUCUGAGAGAAGUGGAUUCUAAGCUGCAGGCUUUUGCUUACCAGACUGCCACAAGACAGAGGGGCUGGGUAUAUGGAUUGCUGAGCAGGUUUAGGCAGAACCAGGACCUCGUGGAUGAUGGGAAUGGUCAUGGUGCUCAUGUAAAUAGAUGUUAGCAGAGCAAGUGUCGUACUUUGAGUUGGGACAUGGACAAAAGCUUGUGGGCUCCCUGCUGCAGCCCCUCACAGGCCCAGGCACUGCAGAGUUCCUGUGCUGGAUCAUGACCCAGCUGUUUUCCAAAGUUCAGGCACAUGAAGAUUCAUGAGAAGGAUCCCAACAGCACAGCAAGCACCACUCCCCCCUCGCCACUGAAGCGCAGGCGAUUGUCUUCGAAACGGAAGUUCAGUCACGAUGCUGAGCUGGACAGAGAGGAGAGAACACCUGCAAAAAAGGUUGUCGAGGAUGGCCAUUCCGGUGAAGGGGAUAAGAGGGCUGACGAUGAAGUUUAUCAUUGUCCAGUGUGUUUCAAAGACUUUUUUUGCAAGUAUGGGCUGGAAUCCCACAUGGAGACACAUCCAGAUAAUUCAUUGAGGUGUGACAUCUGUUGUAUUACCUUUCGUACUCAUCGGGGCUUACUGCGCCAUAAUGCAGUUAUCCACAAGCAGCUUCCCAGAGAUCCCAUGGGAAAGCCUUUCAUUCAGAACAACCCUUCAAUUCCAGCAGGCUUCCACGACUUGGGAUUCACGGACUUCUCCUGUAGGAAGUUCCCCCGCAUUUCUCAGGUCUGGUGUGAGACAAAUUUGCGAAGGUGCAUCAGUGACUUCCAUCGAUUUAUUUGCGAGAUGUGUAACAAGGCAUUCCCCAUGCUUUCGGCACUCAAACUGCACACAGAAACUCACAUGGUGGAUCAGGGAAAAGACAAGCACAAGCCACAGUCCAUGACCCCACCCAGUGAGAACCCAGACCAGAAAGCCUUCAUGGCAUCCUUGGGCCUACAGUACACCAAAGACAUCAAGCCUGUCAAGCAGGAGGACAAUACACAAGAUGAGGUCCAAGAAAUGCGGCUCAGAGCACUGAAGAGUAACCUACCUCAGGAACCUGGCAGCACCAGUCUGCUCAGCCUCUCUCCUCUGGAAGCUGCCUCCAUGGGAGGGUCGUUUUCAGUCCUUCCCCCUACAAAAGAAAACAUAAAGCUUCUCUCGCUGCAGCCUUUCCAGAAGGGUUUUAUUAUCCAGCCUGACAGCAGUAUUGUGGUGAAACCCAUCUCCAAUGAGUCUGCCAUUGAGCUGGCAGACAUUCAACAGAUCUUGAAGAUGGCUUCUUCUGCUCCUCCUCAAAUCAGUCUUCCUCCACUUUCUAAGGCACCUUCUGUCCCUGUGCAGUCGAUUUUUAAGCAUAUGCCACCACUGAAGCCAAAGCCUUUGGUAACACCCCGAACAGUUGUCGCAACCUCUACUCCUCCUCCUCUUAUCAGUGCCCAGCAAGCCUCCCCUGGCUGCAUCAGCCCAAGUCUCCCACCUCCCCCUCUGAGGCUGAUCAAGAACUCGGUGGAGUCCGCCUCCAAUUCCCAUCUCCCCCAGCCAGGAGCCAAAUCAAGUCCUUCCUCGCAAUUGCUCCUCCAACCCAAAAUAGAGCCUUUAACUCAGCAUGAGAUGAAGACACAGCUGGAGCAGGACAGCAUCAUUGAAGCUCUCCUGCCUCUAAGUAUGGAAGCCAAGAUCAAGCAAGAGGUCACAGAAGGAGACCUGAAAGCCAUCAUUGCAGGGGCAGCGAACAAAAAGACCCCGACCAUGAGGAAAGUUUUGUACCCCUGCCGUUUCUGUGACCAGGUGUUUGCCUUCUCUGGUGUCCUGAGAGCUCACAUCCGUUCUCACUUAGGUAUUUCCCCAUAUCAGUGCAACAUCUGUGACUACAUCGCGGCUGACAAGGCAGCGCUGAUCCGGCACCUGCGGACGCACAGUGGGGAGAGGCCUUACAUCUGUAAGAUCUGCCACUACCCCUUCACAGUGAAAGCCAAUUGUGAGAGGCACCUGCGAAAGAAGCACCUCAAAACAACCAGGAAGGAUAUCGAGAAGAACAUCGAAUAUGUCACCAGCAAUGCCGCAGAGAUGGUGGAUGCCUUCUGCUCCCCAGACACGGUGUGCAAGCUGUGUGGAGAGGACCUGAAGCACUACCGGGCCCUCCGCAUUCACAUGAGGACGCACAGCGGCUGCCAGAAGAAGAAGCCAUUUGAGUGCAAGGAGUGUGGCACAGCCUUUUCGGCCAAGAGGAAUUGCAUUCACCACAUCCUCAAGCAGCACUUGCAUGUGCAAGAGAAGGAGAUUGAGAAUUACAUCUUAAUGGUGGACUGCAGUGCCCAGGAAAGCCAGACAGACCCUUUAUUGGAGGACAGCACUUAUAUGGACCACAAGCCCAUGACACCUUUCCUGGAGCCACAAAACGGCUUCUUGCUGGGAACAUCGUCUCACGUUUCCAUCAAACGUGAACCUGUGGGCAACUUCCCCAUGGAUUUUGAUGAGCCGUUGGAUUUCUCUCAGAAGAGCAAAAGCCUGAGUGCUGUGCAGGUGAAGCAGGAGAACCUGUUUGGUUCAUCUCUGUCCCUUUACGACUGUUCCAUGGAGCCUAUCGACCUGUCCAUCCCCAAAAUCCUGAAGAAGGAUAAAGGUGAUGCCCCCUGUGAAGCCAGGAACCAAGAGUUGGCUGCUUCUGCAAACAGUGAUAAAGCCUAUAACUGUCUGCAGUGUCCUUUGGUUUUUGGUGCCAAUGGGAACUCAGAAACAAACCAGGGUGUCAGACAUCCCCAGCCACUGAAAGGUUCAUUGCAUUUGACUGUCCCGAUCAUUUCCCCGGCUCUCCCUGGCAAUUCUGCCUUGCUGAGACCCCUGAGGCCUAAGCCACCACCACCACCUCUCUUGCCAAAGCCUUCAGUAACUAAAGAGCUGCCGCCAUUGGCUUCCAUUGCACAGAUCAUUUCGUCUGUGUCUUCUGCUCCCACUUUGCUGAAAACAGAGGCCACAGACGCCAGUCCCAAGGCAGUGAGCAGCUCUGCUGGGUGUGACAAAUCAGGGAAUGCCAAAGCUAAAGUGACAAUCGUGACCACCGUUCAGAGGGACUCCAGCCUGCCCAGUGACCUGUCUCAGGCUUGUGAUCCAGAGCAGUCUCCCAUUGCUGAUGCUGGGUUGACUAAGAAAAGAGGGAGAAAGAAAGGAACGAAAAAUAAGCCUAAACUUAGGAGUAGUGUGGAUCUGGAGUCAAGUGGGGAAUUUGCCAGCAUAGAGAAGAUGCUGGCUACCACAGACACUAACAAAUUUAGCCCAUUUCUGCAGUCCACUGACAAUUUCAAGGAAGAGAGUGGCAGAAAUGGAACAAGUGAGGAUGAGAAGGAAACUGCCAAGGAUAAGCUGCUGAGAGGGAAGAGGAACGCUUACUCAGACUGCCUGCAAAAUAUCCCCUGUCCUUACUGUCCUCAAGUCUUUCCAUGGGCAAAUGCCCUGCAGCGGCACAUGCUCAGUCACACAGAGCGCCAGGCAGAUGCAGAGACACUAGCUUCAGGAAACAAUGUCUUGAACCUGAGCUACAGCGAGAAGGAGCAGUCAGAGGAAAUGACAGAGCUUCCAGAGAGCGAGCGUGGCCCCAAGGAGGAGCAGAAGGCUGACUCCCUUCUGCCAGAAGAGGAUGCUGAAGAAAAAGUGGAUGGAUAUGAAGAGGGCCCUGAGGAAGAUUCUGUAAGUAACAAAAGUCUUGACCUCAAUUUUGCCAGCAAAUUAAUGGACUUCAAGCUGGCAGAGAGUGACCAGAGUGCAGGCAGCAGUUCUCAGACUGAAAGGAGACAUGCCUGUGACAUUUGUGGCAAAACCUUCAAGUUUGCUGGCACUCUUAGCCGUCACAAAAAGGCCCACAUUCGUGAGGACAGAAAGGAUGAAAGGAGCAGUGAGGAUGAAAGCAAAAGCAUUCAGGAUGAUGCAGGAGCUCCCUCGAUGCAGGAGUCUGGUCUUGAGCAGGAAGAGUCUCCGUUGGACUUGAAGGUAGUGGAGUCUCCUGUGGACUUUGAGGCAACAGGAAAGGAGAAUGAAGAGAGCGAAAGCAUCUCUGAGGGGGAAGGCACAGAGAGAAAGUCCACUGAGAAGAGCAGUGAUGACAAACCAAAGACUGAUGGGGCUAAGAGUACUGCAAAAGCAGACAAAAGAAAGAAAGUCUGUACUGUGUGCAACAAGCGUUUCUGGUCUCUGCAAGAUCUGACGCGACAUAUGCGGUCUCAUACAGGUGAGAGACCUUACAAGUGUCAAACCUGCGAACGGACCUUUACUCUGAAGCACAGCCUGGUCCGUCACCAGCGCAUCCACCAGAAAGUCAAAAAUGCCCGAAACCACGGGAAGGAGAGCGACAAGGAGGAGACGCAGUCGAGGUGUGGAGAAGACAGUGAGAAUGAGUCCAGCCACAGCGGCGCCAACCCCAUCUCCGAAAGCGAGUGCGACUCCGCGGGGGGCGUCGGUAGCCACUCGUCCCUCGUGGGGAGCCGGAACGAGCCCCUGGCCGGCAUGGUCAUGGACUCCCCCUGUGGAGAGGAGAGGAGCAGCGCCUGCCUCGCCGAGCCCACCAAGAGCGCGCAGAAACAGACGGCAAAAGACCAGGACCCACGGGGCAGCUCCGAGCACGAGAGGCCCUCAGGUUUCAUCCAAGACUUGCUGGAGAUGCACAACGCGCCGUCUCCCAUGAAUCACAUCCUGGCCUCUGCAGACAGUGCGCCUCAGCUCUUGGGGGUGGAAUGACUUGCUAGGAGGUUGUACCCAUCUCAGCAGGCAAACUGAAGCCAGCAGAGCAAGGUUUCUGGAGUCUGGUUUUGGAAGAGCGACCUUACAGCUACCGGGGAGAGUAUGGCAGACUCGAUGUGGUGCCAUAUGCCUUUCAGUAUAAUAAUGCAAGAGACUACAGUAUAUACUGAUUUGAGUGCCUUACUACUUUAUUAGAUCUUUUGGUAUUAUAGAUUUUUUCAAAAAUGAUUUUAAUAUUUUAAAGAAUUAUUUGGAGAGGACCCUUUUUCAUUUAAGCAUUAAUGUUACCUUUUGUAUUGGUGUGCGUGAGCUUGUUCUUGUAUAUCUGUGAUAGUCGCUGUGUUUUGUUCUCUGAGCUGGAAAAGGGGCAGUGGGGGUGGGAGGCCCUUGGAUACCAUAGCCAAUAACUGGAAGAAAAAUGAUGUGAAUUUCAUAUGGAAUAGUCAGAGGAGAUGCAGACAAUUGAUUUAUUGUUUUUUUUUCUCAGUAGAUGUUCUUGCAUUUUGCCACAUGGUGGAGCAUUAAGCCUGUUCCAGGCCUGAACAACGUGGCAGUUGAAGGUGUUCAAAGUGGUUCAAGCCAAAAGCAGGAAACACAAAUGAAUUUCAACCUCAUGCUUGUUUCCACUUUUCAGCAUUAGAAGUGGUCUUCUGAAUCCUAGGGGUUUUUUCUGGCCGUCACGGACUGAGCGUGUAUACAGAGAAGAGUUACAUAGCAACGUAACCUAUGGGAAUUAUGCACCCGCUGUUACAUAUGUUUGAUUUGCUUCAGUAUAUUAUUAUUAUUAUUAUUAUUUUAUUAUUAUUUUAUAAAUCCAUCAGUUCGCUUGUCUCUGCAGUCAGCAGAAGCCAAUGGGCAAUAUUUGCCCACGGAGAUGCGUAGAGCAGCUUGGAUCCCGUCUCGGAGUGUUCUUGACUCGUCGCUUUCACCAGCUCCUCCUCCUGUUGUUGCAGCUCUUCUACUGUACUUUACAUGAACCCCUUCCUCCGACCGGAGCGUCCCGCGGAGGCCGGCGAGGUAUCGUCCCCGUGCGGGGGCACAUGUCCCUCGCGGUGGGUGCACGUGGCUGCGGGUGCGGCCCCGGCUGCGCGAGAGAGGCACCGCGAGUGCCGCAGUGACCUCGCUGCCGUCACGUCGGUGACAGCCUGCGUCACUCACAGAGCAAAGUUAUUCCGUCUUCCAGUGGAAAGCAAGAGAGAAAUGCGAGCCUUACCCUCCUCUUGCUUCUGUCGUGUUCUAAGAGCAAGAAAAUACUACUGGUAAUAAAACUACAGAUAUACGACAUGUUAAAAAUAAAUAAAAUAAAUUUUAAAAAAAACAAGAAAAAAAAAAAGAAAAAAAGAAAGAAAUUCUUCCUGAGAUUUUGGGGUUGAUGCUUGAAGACUUGAGGUGUGUGUCUAAAUUUCAUAUCAGUAAUUUAACCCCUUCAAUGCUGGCAGCUGGAAUUUCUCCGUAUGGCUCCUGUUGCCGGCAACAGGUGAUGCUCCAGCCACCAAUAUUGAAGGGGUUAAACGAAAUGUAUCCUACUGUAGCUGCGCAUUUUUAGGAGUGCCCAGCAUUUUUGUUGUCCUUGUCCUCGUUGUCGUUAUUGUUGUUUGUUAAUUGUCCUUCAGUCAUGACCUCUGGGACAGACAGAGCCAUAAUAGCAUUGCCGGAGCCUCACUGUGCUGUUCCACCACUGCAGCCCCCCAGCCCAGCCCGCACUGUGACCCUCCCUCCUUCCCACCGCAGAAUCGCUUUUCCUGCUCUCACCAGACAUGGAGGAAGUGGGCCUCGGACCCAGUCUAUAUUAUAUAAUAUAUAUAUCUAUAUAUAUCUAUAUAUUAAAAAUUCUCGGAAAAAUUUCUGGAGACUGAAAUCUCACUGUCCAGAAUUCAAAGGAAGAGAAACGUUCUUGAGUAAUAUUCUUGCAAAUAGAAUAAGAGAAAAUGGUUGAGGUAUAUGUGAUUUCUAUUUUUUUGUGUUUUGUUGGGUUUUUUUUAAUUUUUAAAUAGGGAUGUUUGAACCAGUUCAGAAACGAAGCUAACGCCAGAUAUAGAUAAAUCAAUCACAACCAAUGAUUCAUUUGAAACUCUACCCAGGUGCAUUCUACUUAAUUAAAACCAGUUCACGCAUCCCUUAAAUUGUUAUUACUAUUAUAAUUAUAAUAAUAAUUAUUAUUAUUAUUAUUUUGGGUAUUUUUUUGUUUUUGUAAUUUUUUUUGUUUGUUUAUUUUGGGGUUGUUGUUUUGUUUUGUUGUUUUGUUUUUUUUUUUUGCAACUCUCCACACUAAACUGCGCAAUACUGUGGGGGAGAAGCCAUUACUAAACUAUAUGCUGCAGAACAAUGUAGCAAGUAAUUAAUUCCCAGCAGCCUGCCGGGACAUCUGCUAGCAAUAAUCACUAUUGAUUUAAAGCUUUAUUUAGCCUUUAUCUAUAUCCUAGUAGAGUAUAAGGUCUUGCCACAUUUUAUUGACAUUUUUAUUAGUUGAGUUUGACUGAGAACUGUUGCUGUUGUUGGGGUUUUUUUUGUUUCCCUUCCUCCCCCAAUAUUAAACUGUGAAAUUUAUAAUGUGUUUAAACUAUGGGUGAAUCUUAGGCUUUAGUUUGCAUGUUCAGCUAAUUUGUCUCUAUACGAUUUUCGUUUGAAUCUUUUUAUUUUUUUUUCCUCUCUCAGGGCUUUUACAAAAAACAAAAAAACAAAAAGAAAACAAAAAGAAAACAAAAAAAAAAAUCUUCUAAAAUUCUUUUGCCUGAGUUGCAAUGGACUUAACAUGGAGAUAAUUCAAUCACUACAUUAAGCACUUGACUGUGAAAGCGCAAAAUAAAAUAAAGGAAAAAGAAAAAAAAAAAAAGAGAGAACCUUGUUUGAGGCUGUUGUGAAAUAACUUUAGGGGGCUAUGUGACAGUCUGAUUCCAUUUUCAGAAUGAUUCAUCUUCUCUUUCCUCUCUGCGUGUCUCCUUUCUCUUCUCUCUCCACGAAGGAAGUUUAAUCCUAGUGAUUUCAUCCCAUGCAGGAAACAGUAAUAAAUGUGUAGAAUUCAUAUUUUUCUAAAGGGAACUUAAACUGCUGCUACGAAUUGUGUACAAGACUGGUUUAUGCCACAUGAACAGAG